GUUCCAGAGCUGCGGAAGGCCAGCAAGAGGCUGAGCUGCCACAAGCGCUACAAGAUCCAGAAGAAGGUCAGAGAGCACCACCGAAAGGUCAGGAAAGAGGCCAAGAAACGUGGACGCAAAAAGCCCAAGAGGGAUCCUGGAGUUCCCAGUGCUGCACCGUUUAAGGAAGAGCUUCUCCGGGAAGCAGAGCAAAGGAAGCAGAGGCUUGAAGAACUGAAGCAAAAGCAGAAGCUCAACAGACAGAAAGAACAUGAAAAGAAGAGGAAGCAGGAAGCUAGAAGGAAGGCAGCCGAAAUCAAGGGGAAGGUAUGUGAAUCCUCUGGCAAAGCUAAACGGAAGACUAACAAACUGCUGAAUAAAAACUCAAAGCAAUCAUUCUGCAGGGAGCUCAAGAAGGUGCUUGAGGCCUCAGAUGUGGUUCUGGAGGUUUUGGAUGCAAGAGACCCAAUGGGCUGCCGAUGUCCUCAGCUGGAGCAAGCUGUCACUUGCUCUGGGAACAAAAAGCUACUGUUGGUCCUGAACAAAAUUGAUUUAGUGCCAAGGGCCAACUUGGAGAAAUGGUUGAAUUAUUUGAAGAAGGAGUUUCCAACAGUGGCUUUUAAAUCAGCAACACUGAUGAAGGACAAGACCGUGGUCACAAAAAAACGUAGACAUGUUGCUGAUUUGUCAAAACCCUCUCAAUGUCUGGGAAGCAAAUGCCUUUUGACACUUCUCCAAGAGUAUGGCAAGACUCAAAACAAAGCCAUUCAGGUUGGGGUAGUAGGUUUCCCUAAUGUGGGAAAGAGCAGCAUAAUCAACAGUCUCAAAGGAGCACGUGCUUGCAAUGUUGGCCUAACAAGAGGUGUUACCAAGUCCAUGCAAAUUGUGCACAUUGGUAAGCAGACAAAGAUGUUGGACAGUCCAGGUAUAAUUGCAGAUCCUUCCAACAGUGGUCUGACUCUGGCCUUGAGGAGGAUCAUAGACACUGAGCAGUCAGACUCAGCAGAUGUGCUUGAAGGAGUAAAUGCCAUUAUAAAUCACUGCAGUAAGCAGCAGGUAAUAAUGCACUAUAAUAUCCCAGAUUUCAGGAGCCCUGAAGAGUUUUUAUCUUUGCUUGCAAGGAAGAGGGGUAUGCUGAAAAAGGGAGGACUUCCUGAUAUAGAAAACGUAGCCAAACUAGUGCUGUGUGACUGGACAGGAGGCAAAAUAAGCUACCAUUCAGAACCUCCAGAAUCUCAGGGACCACCACCAUAUCUUACAGAACAAAAAAUAGCUGAAAUGCAGGAGGGCUUUAAUUUAGAUAACCUAGAACAAGAAACCAGAAACAUUCUUCAAGGUUUAAAAUGCCCCAGUCCAGCAAGCAGCAUUAUUUUUCAGUCAGCUGGUAUGGCAAAUGGGACAAUAGAGGAAAGUAACGUGAUAGAGGAUGAAUCAGAGUGGGAAAACAUGGAAACAAGCAAGGGGGAGGAGGAGGAGGAAGAAGAGGAGGAGGAAUUCACAGAAAGUGAUGAUGUCCAAGAUGACAUGGAAGAAGAAAAUGUCGAAGAGGAAAGCAAAGUUCAGGUCACCAGGAAAGCAGAGCUUAGAAAACAAGGAACAAAUCCUACAAAUUCAGAGGAGCAGAAGACAGAAAGUGAAUCUUCAAAUCCCCCGUCGUUCAGCUUAGAUAAAUCCCCAGAUGAAGAUGAUGCCUACGAUUUCAAUACAGACUAUGUGUAA